UUUCAUCAUCUGUUGACUACCAUUGUUGGUGUACGAGUUACUCCCCUUUAAAUGGCGCGGACUAUAUAUAAGCCUUAGUAUCUGAGUUGACAUAUUGUUUGAAAAUGUCACAGCCCGGCAGUGUUGGGCAGACCGCCCACGCCGUAUUCCUCUCACAGCAGCCUUCCCUCCAUCCAGUACUACAGCAGAUACAGCAGCUGCGCGAAACAUUUGCAGAGCCCCCAGUGACUAGGGCAACCCCAAGUGAAGAUGUUCAAGUGCUGGAGCCACCGGCCUCAAACGUGGAUGAUGAACAUGGGCAGAAUGAGACCAUUAGUGCAGAGGUAUUUUCGUCUUAUCUACAUCGUGAGGUUCUGGCAGGAUGUAAACCCCACCCUGGCGAUAUAGUUGAAGCUGGGCCCCUAGCUGCGAUAACUCCACCAGACGUACACUACCCUCUAGCAGACUCACUGCCCGCAGAGAUCAUUCAGGGGGGAAAACUGAGCAGUCUCCAGCUGGAAGGCGUUAUACAGGCAUGCCAAAGACAUCAAAUGCUGUUACCAGAUGGACAGAGAGCGGGGUUCUUUAUUGGGGACGCAGCGGGGGUGGGGAAGGGUCGACAGAUAGCGGGUGUCAUACUGGACAACUUUGCACGAGGAAGAACAAAAAGCAUCUGGUUCACAAUAUCAACAGACCUUAUAGUGGACACAAGAAGGGACUUGGGAGAUCUGGGCUGCUACAUCCGGGUGAUAGAUGGCUGCCAGGAGCUGGAUAAACACACACGGGUUCUGGGUCUACCCUCUGACUUCAAGGACGGGGUUGUGUUCAGCACGUACUCUACACUUGUCUCCACAGUGCAGAAAGGUGCAGGCCGACAAACGAGACUACAGCAACUCGUUGAUUGGUGUGGCAGGGAGGAGUUUGACGGAUGUCUCAUCUUUGACGAGUGUCACAAGGCGAAAAACUUUGUACCAGGGAAAGAGCAGGCCAGCACAAAAGUUGCAUUAGCAGUAACAAGCAUACAAAGAAUGCUUCCCAAGGCGAGAGUUCUGUACUGCAGUGCUACAGGGGUCUCCGAUGUGAAGAACAUGGCGUUCAUGGAGAGGCUUGGUUUGUGGGGAGAAGGGGCGCCAUACAACAACUUUGAACAGUUUCUUGUCUCCGUGCAGAAAAAGGGCCUUGGUAUGGCUGAGAUUCUGGCAAUGGAGAUGAAGUCUGCUGGCAUGUAUCUGUCGAGAGGGCUCAGCUAUAAACAGGCAGAGUUUGUAACAGUCGAAGCCCCCCUCACCAAAGAUCAGAAGAAGGUUUAUGACAUGGCUGUUCAUCUCUGGACCGAGCUAAGGAAGGCACUAGAGUCGGCCUUGGUCAGGACAGGAAGCUCAAACCAGCGUGUAUGGCAGCAGUUUUGGUCAUGUCAUCAACGAUUCUUCAAACAGCUCUGUUUGGGUAUGAAAGUUCCUACAAUUAUUUCUGAAGCACGUCAAGCCCUGGCCAGUGGACAGUGUAUUGUUAUUGGCCUACAGACUACAGGAGAGGCCAGUUUGGACAGUGAAUUAGAGCGAGGCAAGGGCCAGGUGGUCGGGUUUAUGUCGCUGUGUCGGGAAAUUCUUCAGAGAUUCAUCUCGACACAUUUCCCCACUCGCCUUCCUCCAACGAAAGAAGGGGAGGUUGUUGAGGAUAAGUGGUGUGUGACAGCCAGAAACAUGCUACAGGACUUCACCAAGAGAGUCUCCCUUCCUGACAGUCCACUGGAUGAGAUCAUUGACAAACUAGGGGGACCCAGUCAGGUAGCAGAAAUGACCGGGCGGAAGGGACGGAUUGUCAGACAUUCGCCUAGUGACAGCCCAAGAUACGAGCCCAGAACCCCAGACAAUGAUGCCUAUGGGGCCAUAGACAGUCUCAAUGUCCAGGAGCGUAACCACUUCAUGUCUGGCAAGAAGCUAGUAGCGAUUAUCUCGGACGCUGCAAGUACGGGAAUCUCUCUGCACUCAGACCUCCGUGUAGGGAACCAGUGUAGACGUGUUCACCUGACUGUGGAGCUGCCGUGGAGUGCAGACAAGGCCGUACAACAACUGGGCCGCUCACAUAGAUCCAAUCAGUCCAGUGGUCCUCUGUACAAGCUGUUGACCACAAACCUGGGAGGGGAGAGGAGGUUUGCAGCAGCCGUUGCCAGGAGACUACAGUCCCUAGGAGCCCUGACAAAGGGUGACCGGCGUGCAGCUACAGGGGCCGACCUCUCAGAGUUCAAUUUUGACACAGCAUACGGAAGGAACGCCUUACGUCUCAUGUACCAGCAUAUUUGUCAGAAGAAGCUGGUUCCUGGUAUAUCCCUGGCCAAGCUGACGGACAAGUAUGACAUUGAAAACUUCCACAUUCUCAUGCAGGAAAGCCUGGUGUUGAUGGGCCUGGUGGACAUUGAGAUGAUGAGGAAUGGCCUCGUGUUGAAGGAUCGAGAUACCAGCGAUGUUUCCAAGUUCCUCAACAGAAUCUUGGGGUUGCAUGUGGAGAAACAGAACAUGAUAUUCACAUACUUCACGGAGAGCAUGAAAUUGAUCAUACAGAAUGCAAAGAAAGAAGGAAGGUACAAUGAGGGAAUGCUGGACAUCACUGCUGCCAGUGUUGAAAUGGUUGGAACCCCGAGAGAGAUCUUUACCCUCUUUAACAAGGGACACACAUCUACCAGGUUGGUUGAACUGAACGUGGACCGGGGUAUGAGCUGGGAGCAGGCUGUAACAAGAGCAGACAACUACUCCGGGAAAUAUGACAGUUUCUACGUUUCAAGGCGGGACGUUUGGGGACGGAAACUGUUCAUUCUAGCUACACAGAAGGAGGGCUCCACCCACUUGUUCAGGAUUGCAAGACCAAACACCGGCCUGUCUUACAUGGAUGAGGAGAGGACAGAUCUUCUGCACAGGUACCUCCCCAUAGACAGGGAAAAAGCAGAGAAGGGUUGGCGUGAGCAGUAUGAAGUGACAAUGAACAGUUGUGUGCAUGGAUCCCACUGUAAAAACAAGGACUUCUGCAAGGUGGGCAGCCGAUGCUACAGCCUGCAUCUACUGUGUGGAAGUAUUGUGACCUUCAUGAGCACACUGGAGGCUGUCCUCAACAGGAAUGCCCUCAAACUGAACCUAAGUAAGACUGAGUCCUCCAUCCGCGUGGUCCGUGUCAAAUGUAACGAUGGAACAAGAGUAGUCGGUGUUAGAUACCCGCAGCUACUCAUUUCGGAAGUUGAGGCGUCACUUAGGGAACAACGUGUCAUGGAAACCCUUCAACAAACUCAACUGAAGUUUGGCCAGUCUGGCAAUGUUCUACAGCCUGGUGCACAGGCCACUAUGCCUUUUGUUGUACAUCCGAGUCAAGCCCAGUACAGUCUCAUUAUAGGCUCACAGAGCCCAAGAAUAGUACCCAAUAUGCUGGACAUGAGCAUGUCUCAGCCCGUUGGUGGUGCUCAGUCUGUCAGUGCUUUGCCUGCUUCUCAGCCAUUGAACACAUCAGAUCUUGGAGCAAUGAAUGCUUCUUCUCCUGUAUUCUCAGAUGGAUUGAAUUCUGCAAACUCAAGAAUAUCUUUAAAUUCUUCAUCAAGUGCUGCUCCUGGUGAACCAUGUGCUAAAUCUAGUGCAUCUGAUGCUUUGCAUGAUGAGGUCAAACAACUUGCUGAUAAUGCUAAUGCUAAACAGACUGUCAAGUUUAGGGGUGGCUCUGUGACUGAAGAAGUAUCUCCAGUGAGCAAAAAGUGCCUUGCUAAGGCAUUGAACCCUCCAGUGACAAUCAAAAACUUCUUUAAACCAAAGGUUAAGGCAGAGUCAAGCAACAGCAGAGGAAACUGUGAUCAAGAUGAAGAAGUUAAAGAGAGAGAAGUUAAGGAAGAUGGCCAAGCAGGUGUUGGUGAGAAGGUUAUAGUAAGUGAAAUGUCAUAUGAACAGUUUCUUGACAGUGGAUCUGAUUCAAAAGCUGUGAUAAGAAAACCUGAAGGUGAGACUGAAUUAGAAGCUCAUGAUGAACAUCAUAAGGCAAAGGCAACCGGAAAUGUGACUUUAAAGGAAGAAGAAAAUGGAAGUGAGAAUGUGUUUACCCAACUUGCAGAACAUAGUAAGGCACAAGAUAUUUUAAACCCUGAUGCAAAAGGAGAAGGAAAUAGGGGAUUUAACAAAGAGAAUACUCCAACAUCACUCUCUAGGAAACGAGCAUUGGGAGAUCCAACCUCUUCUUCCCAGCCAAGGAAGAAGGCCAAACAAGCCACACUGUUCUCAACCUUCGAGAAAAUGGCGAGCAAGAAGAUUGUAGAGGAACAAAAAGAACAGACUUGCCCUAUCUGUCAAAAAGUAUUUGAAAAAAGUGUCUCCAAUGCUGAACUUAACAACCAUAUAGACAACUGUAUAAUAGAAUAAGCCAUCAUGUUCUUGUAGUGAGUGAUAGCAAUGAUGCUAGAUAUUUUUAAAAAAAGCUUAUAUUAUAUUGUUGGUUUGAAUUAAAAACAACACUCACUUUUUCCAAUGCAAUGAUCUGAGUUUACAAAGUGCAUGUACUAUAUCAUCACCUGCCCAGCAGGGCAGCUCAUUGGGACUACUAUGUUUGGUGUCAUUUUUCGCGUGGUCUUACUCUGUUUGGGUGUACAGUAUAUAAUAUCCGUAUGCGAAUUGGUCAUGGUCUGUAGUAGUCAUGACAAACAUGGCUAUAAUAGCUAUUUUAUAUGCUGACUGGUUGCCAUUUAUAGUCCUGACGUUAUGGGUCAUUAAAUAACCUUGACAUGAGGCAUUCAAAAUAUCUGCCCUUACCUGACCGUGUUGGAGCUAUCUGGUUUAAUUGGUGUUCAAUUAACAUUUAUGAAGUGUUAUGCCUAGAUUACACAUUUAUCUUACCGGCAAAGGUGUUUUGGAUGGUAAAUAUAUUGUACAUUUCCAUCAAUGUCAGAAUUUGGCCUGGAAAGAGUUGAGUUAAAAAGAGCAACAGUCUUAGACUUGAUGGGAGCCUGAUGCUCAAAGAAAAGUCUGAGAAGCUUGGACAGAAUAUUACCUCUAUUGCAUUUUUGGUUCAUUACUUCAGACAGGUGUCCUUUCCAAUUUACGGUGUUCCUGUUAUAUUAUAUGCCUUUGCUCUUAAUCUGUUAACUAUCAUGACAAAUAUACAGAACCAUACAUGUAGAUGUGAUAUGGAAGUAUGUGUUGUUGAUAAAAAAUUAUCGAACAUUUUUGUUUACAGUCCAUUAAAAGUCAUACAUUGUGAGGAU